GAAUCAGCUUGCAUAAUUUUCCUGAGGGAAUGGCAGUUUUCCUGGGAUCGAUAAAGGGACUUCGUGUUGGCCUUAAUUUAGCUUUGGCUAUUGCUUUGCACAAUAUUCCUGAGGUAAGCAUUUUAUCUUUUAAUUUUAAGGCAUGUAUUGUAAGAAUCAUUGCUAGUGCAGCCUACCUCUUCCCUAGUAGUCUAGAUCCUGAUAUUCUUGAAGGUCUACUUGGAUCAGUUGGAGGAGUGAUGGCUUUCCUCACUCUGCACGAAAUGUUACCUCUAGCAUUCGACUAUGCUGGUCAGAAAAAGGCUGUUAAAGCUGUCUUUUUGGGCAUGGCGUUCAUGUCUGCAAGCUUGUACUUUCUAGAGAUCAGUUUACCGAAGGAGCUGAGCUAGUAGUCUUGGAGAUCGACUGGAACUGAUUUUGUGCUGUAAUAUAUAAUUCAUAGUUUUACAG